GCAAGGCAGGAACUAGCGGUUCCUCGCGUGUGCUUCCUGGGACAGAUCUCCCUGUUACACUAAUAGGCUCCAUUUAUUGGAGAAAUUUAGCUUUCUGGAGCUAUGGUGAUUUUGCGGGAGGGACUUUGUCCUGGAUUAACAGCUGACAUGAUUGGAGCGCUAAAAACGAACAAUGUGAAAACAGUGGUUGAUUUAGUUGCUUCUGAUUUAGAAGAAUUGGCCCAGAAAUGUUCUCUGUCAUACAAGGCUUUGGUAGCUGUGAGACGGGUGCUGCUUGCUCGGUACUCGGCAUUUCCCACCAAUGCUGCAGAUUUGUAUGAAGAACUGAAGGGCUCCACUGCCAUCCUUCCUACAGGCAACCAGAAGCUAGACUUUCUAUUGGAUUCUGGAUUAUACACAGGGGAGGUGACAGAGAUUACAGGAGCAGCUGGCAAUGGAAAGACACAGAUGUGCCAUAGCAUUGCAGUCAAUGUGGCGUACGGUCUGAAGCAGAGCGUGCUUUAUAUAGAUACCACAGGAGGACUGACAGCCUCCCGCCUGUUGCAGUUGGUACAGUCCAGGACCGAAAAGGAAGCUGAUCAGAUAGCCGCUCUACAGAGGAUCGAGAUCAUCCAUGUUUUUGAUGUCUACAAACUAUUAGAUUUACUCCAGGAUCUGAGAUGUAACAUUUCCCAACAGCUUUUGAGAUCUGGGGAACCACUUCGACUUGUGAUUAUUGAUUCUGUCUGUGCUGUUAUUUAUCCAAUACUCGGAGGCAAACAGACAGAAGGCAUGGCUAUUAUGAUGUAUUUAGCGAAGGAAUUACAGAUGUUGGCACAUGACUUCAAACUAGCUGUUCUAACAACAAAUCACGUCACUAAAGAUGGAUUUAAUGGCAUCCGGCCAGCCCUGGGUCGUUCUUGGAGCUUUGUCCCCAGCACUCGCAUUUUGUUGGAGAGGCCGGAACGUAGCUUGGAGAGUGAACAUCGCAUUGCGUCCCUUAUCAAGUCACCACGGCUGCCUACUAAUCUUCAAGUAGAGGUGCAGGUCGGAUGCUUUGGAACACUGGACGAAAUGAAGCCAGUCUCUGCCUCUGCAUUAUAGUAGCUCACUUUGAACAUUAAAAACUGUAUUCCAUGGUAAAUGUCUACACAGUUAAAUGGAAGUUGAAGCACUACUGGCUUGUACAAUUGAUUGAAAAGACUGCAAAGACUAAAAUAUGGAUUGUGGGUGUUUACUUUGUAAACCGAUGAGACGCAAUGUUA